AUGGUUGUCGUGGAGCUUGACAACCUGAGGGGUCAGAAACUUGAAUGCACUUUGUGGGAGUCAUACGUAGACGAGGUCCAAACUUUCUUAGCAAAGAAUCAGAGUGCUCAAAAUGUUAUAAUACUUCAGCUUGCAAGGAUAAAGGGUUUUAGGGGAAAGAUUGGAAUAGCUAAUACAAAGUAUACGACGAAAAUUCUUUUUGAUUCCAAUAUACCUGAGAUCGUAGAGUUCAAAAAAAGGCUUUCCGGUGAUCUGAUGGAAAGUAGUCAGAUGUUGACUCAGUUGUCCAGCCCAUCUUCAUAUUCUUAUGAAAAUGAUUUUCUCAAGGAUACAGAGAGGAAAUUUCUUACUGAUAUUAAGAAUUGCAUAGAUGCUACUACUUGCAUUACUUAUGGAACUGUAAAAUCCAUCGAAAGUAAAUACAACUGGUGGUACAGGUCCUGUAAGAAAUGUCCAUAUUCAGUGUGCGAAGAUUUUGACAAAUGGUAUUGUAAGAACUGUCAGAAACAUUGGAAUGAAUAUACUCCGAAGUUCAGUGUUCAAGUCAGAGUUAUUGAUAACACAGAUUCUUCUUCUUUCGUACUAUUUGAUAGAGACUGUCUUUCUUUAUUAGGAGUGAGUGCUGCUGAAUUGCGCGAGCAACAUUUUAAGCGGGGUGCAGAUUUAGAACAUUAUCCGGAAGAGUUGAACGUUCUUAAAGAUAGAUCUAUGUUGUUUCAAGUGAAUGUCAAAAUUAGCAAUUUGAACUCAUACAGUGAGCCAAAAUAUCAUGUGGCCAAAGAUGAUUCUGUAUUUGACAGUCCUUCUGAUGAUAAUAUUAUGUCGAUAGGGUCAGGAAAAGCUGUGGAUGUUCAGAGCCAAACCUGUGAUAGUACUGAUGAUGCUGAUAUUUCUCUCACUUUGUUGUCACCAUCUGUGAAGUAUGAUGAUGUUGUUGAAGAUAAAAAUAAUUGUUCAGUUGUUCGUCCUCUUAAAAAAAUAAAGCUGGAGAAAGAUUUUGAUGCUGCAGCCGGUGACACUUUGGAGCAGAAAGAAAAUCUGUAA